AGUACAUAUUAGAACCGAAGAGAACCAUAACAGAGCGAGAGAUAUUACGAUUUGCGCCUAUUCUUUACCCGUACAAUGUGUGCGAGGCAACCAAAGAGUACGGACGAUUUUUCAUCUUUCGCCAAUUUGAUAUGGAGCAAGAGGGUGUGUGAAAGUUGUUCACUGACUCCCUCGGUUUGCGACCGAAAAACGCAGAGCAGUGAUGAAAAUUUGUUGAUAAAUGUGAAAAAAGGUUGUUGAGAAUUGAGUGGUGCAAAUUGUUCUAAAAAAGAUAUCCAUAAUGGGUGAAAGCUUGCUGAACGAAGCUGAGAGCUUCGAGAUGCUGAAGGCUUUAUAUGAUUUCACAGCCGUAUAUCCGAAAACCAUUAGCUUUGACGAGGGAGAAUACUUUAUCCUACAUCAGACCAGUGCACGCCAAAGAAAUUGGUGGCAAGUGGUCAGUAUGAAAGGCAAUAUCGGGUUCGUUCCAUCGAAUUAUGUCAUGAAAUUAAAGGUUGAUCCCAACUUCCUGAAUGGCUUCCUAGAGUCCAGUAUUGAGUCGUUGCGAUUGUCUACCGAUAAAGAAAUCAACGGUAUCAUCAACCGUGAUGAGCUCAUAGAACGACUGGUAGAGAAAAAAAUCAAAAUCGAAAAGAUAUUGAAGAGUGAGAGCUCCGAUAGUGAAAGUGAACCUCCAAUGAAAAUGGGCAACGGUAGUAUCAAACAAUUUGAAGAACACUCUUGCAGUAGUCACACGGAAUCGAUUACAAACAACAAAGAUAAAAACUACUAUCAUUCGCCGGUUUCUUCCAAACAUGAAAAACUAACAAAGAAAUCCAAAUCUAGUCCUGCUGUAGGUGCAGCGAAUAAUGUACCUCAAUUUAUACAAGAAAGUCCUAGCAUGAGCAUCCUGUCGUCCAAACUCAACGCAGAUGAACCGCUAACGCCAACAGCCCAAGAGAACAGUGUCAUCUCGGAAGUAUCCGAAGCAGAUGCCACAAAUACGGCCACCACGACGACGACGACUACUACAAGUGAUGAAAUAACCGCAAUUUCGCGAGGAGAUGAAGAACCUCAGAAAACCGAGCAAAUUGCAGAACCCGAGCCUCAAACAGAUCACGAAACCGAACUAGAAACUACCAACAAUGAUGAUAUGACAGCUAGUGAAAAUGAGCCUCAACCCAAAGAAUCAUCAACUAAAGAAACCACAAGUGAUCCAGAUACAAUCGCCGAAAGUCAGAAGGAAAUUCCAUUUGCGAAAAUUGAACCACCAGAUGUGUAUCAACUGGUAGAUGCCAUUCGUACUAACACGAACCUCAGCCACGAAAUGUCCUGCGUCGCGCUACGCGUUGUUCUCAGCGAAUUGGAACCAUUGCUUCCUCAGCCAAUAGUCAAACACUUAGAACCGAUAGCAGUGCACCUAACGACCCCACUAGAUGUGCCAGAUUCUCUGUUAGCCCAAACUCACGACGCUCGUAGACUGCGAAUUAUUUUCAACGGGCUUUCUGAUUGUAAAAAUGACUCCGAGCAGCGCACGUGGAUGCUGCAUGAAGAUGAAGCCGACAUCAGCCAUUACUUGAAUGAGCUGAUAGGAAUCCUAACCGAUGCCGAUCCGAAGAUCUGCCGUAACGAGAUGGGUGUCGAUCACUACCAAAGUGUGAUCAAUCUAGUCCUGUAUUACCAAAUGGAGACGCGCUGGUCAAUCCGGAAACUGUUGUUGAAAGCUUUCAAAGCAAUGUGCCAUCUGGAUUACACUACCGUUGAUAUUUUGUUGGGUUCUGUGCUGCCCUUGGAAAUCGUCCAAGACAUGAUAUCCAACUCGAAGGAUGUGGAAAAACUGCAAGAGCUGGCCAACAUGUUGAUUAUUGUGUUCUCUAUUGGUAGACGUAUGCCAAUCAAUCAGCAAGAACAUCUUCGAUCCGAUUUUGUUAUUUUCCUGUUAAACUUGAUUGAAAAUCCACCUGAAACGGAUGUCCAUAAUGUACUGUCGGACAUCAUGAUUAACCUGAUUUUAUCAUUCAAUCUACAGUUUGAAAGCUUCUCCGACAAUGUAAUAUUGGAAGCGAUGGAACACAUUCAAACGGCUAAAACGUUCACGGAAAAAAUAUUGGUUCUAAUUAAUCGAGAAGAGGACCCUGUCCAUACCUUGAAGCACACCCCAGCUCACAUCAAUCCAGUUUUAAAAAUGUUAGUAGAUCUAUUUAGCAGGCCUGAAACUGCUUCCAUAUUUUACACCAACGAUCAAAACGUCCUAAUUGAUAUUUUAGUACGACAAUUGUCGGACCUUUCUGCAGGCGAACCGAUUCGCAAAUGGUACCUAGAGCUGUGCCGGAAAAUCGUUCGAAACACCGGCUAUGCGGAACAGCAACAUCGAAAGCAAGAUCUGAUCAAGAUAUUCACGCGCAUCUUCUGCGAAGAAACGGAAUGCAGCGCCGGGGAUCAACAAAUCGUGCGCGAAAUCGCCAACGAGUUUCCCCAAAUUUUCAAAGCGUGAAAGAUGACGUCUUCCAGUAACAGACGCACCAAGCAGUCACCAAGCAACUUGACGGUGUCCUCAGUAGCAAUAAAAGCGUUCGAAUGGCAUCAAAAACUAACCUGCAGCAAAUGGAUACUGACAAAGGUAUACACAACUUGGUGGAGAUAUUUGUUUGUGUUUUCUAUCUAAGCUACUGUUAAUAGGAAGUUGAGUAUUUGUUUGAAAAGCGAUGGAUAUUUUGUUACCAAAGAUAGUUUUAGACUAAGUAAUGCUCUACAUCUGAUGUUCUUCGAAGUAAGUAGAUAUACUCAAUUAUGUUCUUAUGAAAAUAUGACAAAAAAUCGUGACGGAAUCCAAGAAAGUCGAAAAAGACGAGAACCUACAAGGACAAAACGCCAAGCCUCAAUUUUCAAUCCUAAAUAUUUAUUUGGAAUCAAUGCAUUUAAAUAAUUAAUUCCUCUGAGGCAAUAUUCAAUGAUUUUGGUUGUACUGUUUCCCUCUUGCGUCUAAGUAGAAUUAAUGAACCGAGCGUAGCGCUCGCUAAUCACACGAUUUACAUAGUGUUGGUGAAAUCUUGAAUUACCCUGAACGCCUAAUACUUGAAGAUGGACUAAACUCAAAAUUAACCCUCAAGGGUAAAUUCAAAAAUUGUGCCAUGAAAAUAGCUCUGGGUGCCUACCGAAUCGACAACUCGAUGACUGAGUUAUUCCCAAUGGUUGAACAAUCUUUUCGGAGUUUGAGUUUAAUCUGAAAAUAAGACAGCUACCGCAAAAAAAUAUUACGAGCAUUUUAAACUAAAACUUAUAACAUAUUCAGGUUUCUAUCCGAAAUACAUUUGUUACUACGUUCACAUUACAAGCUACAUCAUUUGAUAUAGAGUAUGGAUCUUUAUAAAGAGAUUCAGAUCCCCGUUUACACGGUUCCGUUUGAAUGAUUUUUCUGGGUAAGAGUAUUAGGCUACGUUAAGGGAUGCUAACUUGAAGUCACCCAACAGUAAGCCAACAUUACUAAACGUGGGAAUCUGAGUAGUACAUUUCACUCUCUAAAUGGUCUACUGGAAACAAUUGCGAUCUUGUUCAUACAAAAGAGUAGUACUUAGUCGUGAAUAAAUCAUUAUGAUCAAAGCGAUAACUCUCGAAAAGUCUGCCCGAUAUCCAUAUCGAUUUCUAAUCAGUUUGAUAGAUGUUUGGAAUGUCUUCAGGAAAUCCAGGAGGAGAUUGGCCGGCUGAAAACAAUAAAACCCAUGGGGUUGGACAACUACCAGAAGAACUGUUUAAAAACGGUGGUGAGGCAAUGGGUAAUUACCAAAAUUUGGGAGGAGGAGGUUCUACCGCAGGAGUGGAGGGA